UCUUACUAUUAGUCAAAUUCAAAGCAUUAUCAAGAAUAUAACUUCAGUAGAACCAUUAAAGAGGACACCAGAUUACAAUCAUGCGACUUCCGUCAUGAUCAUAACAAUUAGAGUUAUUGAACUAACGCAUCUAAG